AUGAGCGCGGCCAAGGACGCCGUCGGGCGCGAUCCCCAGCUCAACGAGGGGUGGUUCAACAACCACACCGUCUUCUUCAUCCCGCAGGCGCAGCGCGACGCCCUCACAGACCAGGCCUUUGCCCAGAACGAGGUCAUCUUCCAGCACGGCGGGCUGCGCGUGCUGGCGGCGCCGUGGAAGUACGCCUUCUGCUGCAAGAUCGACCGCCUCGCCGGUGGCGGUGUCGCCGCCGCGCAGAGUUAUGAUCUCUCGGACGCCGUGCACUAUCUGGCCCGGUACCUGGCUCAGCAAAAGUUGACGUCAGUGCCGCUGGCGACGGUGAAGCAAUGGUUCACGGGGUAUUCGCUGCGGUGGACUGCCAACAAUGACGGUGUGAUUAAGCGCCUCAAUGCGGCUUACAAGACCAAUGUAAAGUCGGGCUCCUGGAGCACAUGCUAUGACCUCGAGCUAACAGCCCCUCCUAGCUCGGCCAUUUACUUCGACAGUUAUCUGCCUAGCUCAAAAAGGCCCGAGCGGAUACAGCGCCUCAUCAAAUUGACUGGAGGCCUGAUCAGGUACCAAGUAGGGUUUCAAACGGGAGUGCCUAGAGCCAUCAACCCCCAUCGCAUUGGUGAAGCCAAUGUGGAUUUGUUUCCUGAUACAUGGCCAUCGGACAAGAAAGCAAGCUUGAGGCCGCCAGUCCCGCCCUUUCUCGUUCCCGCCGUCAUUGACGCGCUGAGAAACUCACCAAAAUUUGGGCCCUUGAUCAGCUUGGUUCCUGGAGAGGCAGAUGGCUUCUGCGCUCAGCAUGUCCGGGAACAUGGCGGAAUGGUUCUGACGUCUGAUUCCGACCUGUUGGCGUACCGACUGGGUGAAGCCGGUGGUGUCAUCUUCCUUACAGACAUUGAUGGCGAUAUGGAAAACCGGACGCUCAGUGCCCCUCAGUACCGCCUUGCGGAUCUCUGUAGACGGCUGUCCAUCAAACCGGAUACCGGCAUUCAGCACCUCGCUUUCGAGAUUAGCAGAGAUCCUCACUUGACGUUAGAACAGGCAGUUGAGAGGACAAAAAGGGGCGAGGCAGCCUCGGUGUCCGAAGAGGAAUAUUCCAAGUUUAUUAGCGAAUACCUCUCGCCAGAGGUGGCGUUGACGUCCGAAACAAACCAAGCGUCGGCCCUUGACCCACGGGUUUCCGAAAUCGCCCUCCGAUCACUCCAAACUUCAGGCAUUGUAACAUUUGCCUCAAAGGAUGACUCACCAUCUCAGGACCCCAAAGAUUCCAGACUGGAAAUGUAUUUGCCUUUUCUCCUCGAUUACCCGUCUCGGACAAGCGCAUGGGAAGCAAGCAAGCGCGUAAGACAACUGGCUUACGCAGUCUUGCUGUCCUGCCGGAAGAACGACAACAUACCGACAGUAUUCGAGAUGAGGAGGCUGCAGUCUAUAUCCUCAGGCUUGGAGAUUGAGGUCCCAGCGUCCAGUGAGAUUGACAGCCUGGGUACUUCACUGCUAGCUCUCGUUUCCAAAAUUGAGACGAGCAUGGGCAAACCUGAACUUAAAUGGGUAAUUCUGGCUAUUUACCAGGACAUUGUCAUGACCAUGGACCGUGAGGGUUAUCCCCUCAGUCUCGAGUUGCUUCGUCAAGACGCGAGGGGAAAGCUGGACCCAUGCUCAUGGGACUUCAUCCAUCUUCUGGCACAGGUCCAAGCGACUUACUACUCACUCAGGAUGCUUCACCAGAUCCUCGAGUUCUCAAAGCACCGCGCAGGGGCCCUGACAACAACACUGUCAGAGCUCUCGCAACUUCUGUCGCGGCUUCCGCCAUUGACAGACUUCCCCUCGCUGAGAACUUUCGAGGGGACCCUGUCGUCGGUGAGGGAGGAAGAGUGCCUCUCUUGUCUGGAGGCUCUCUGUGCAGACUUUGAGGAUGCCAUUUUCCUCAUCAAGUCUGUUCGGCAACCACAAAAUAGCAGGAAUUCGAAGAAAAGGAAAAACAUGGCGUCAGAUGAGGGUGAAAGCAAGCCCCGUCUGAGCAACCCCCGUUCGAACAAUCCAUUUGACCUCCUGGCGGGGACCGGGGACUAG